UUUUAAAAAUUUAUUAUAAAAAUCCUUCCAUAUUGCAUUCUCCUUACGUCAAAGCUAUACUUCUUGAAAUAGCAAUUUCUUCCUUAUUGUGUAUUUUUUUGUUGUAUUUGUAUAGCAUCUAUUGCAUUAUGUUACAAUUAAAAGUCUUUGCAACAAGCAUUGCUUCUAUUGGUGCUGGCUGGAUUGUGUUCAAUAAAUCAAAAUAUCUGAAAGCUGAAGUAGAGCCAGAAGAACCCUUGGAAACAAAAAAGAAAAUUGCAGUUAUUGGAAGUGGCAUAGGAGGGUCAUCGACAACUUAUUUUUUGAGGGAGUUGCUGGGACCGUCUGCCCAAAUAGAUGUUUAUGAACAAUACGAAAGAGUUGGCGGUCGUGUUAAUAUUGUUGAAUUGAAUGGUCAUACAAUUGAAUCAGGUGGUACAAUUAUACAUGAUUCAAAUAGAUAUAUGGUGAAUUUUACAGAUAUUUUAGGAUUGGAAAGAUUCAAAGCAUUGGAUGUCCCUAACCGUCUUGGCAUAUACAAUGGGAAGGAUUUUGUGUUCCUUGAGAGUAGUAUUACCUUGUUUAACAAAAUCAAAAUGAUGUGGAGAUAUGGUGUGUUUAGCUUGUGGAACUUGGAUAAAUCCCUAUCAAAAAUGCUGACAGACUUUCAAAACAUCUACACUUUACAGAAUGAUGGAAAAGCAUUUAGCAACGUCCAUGACAUGCUUCGUGCAAUGGGUGGAGAAGAGUUUGUUGAGUAUACUAAAUUGACAGCCGAGGAGGUCAUGACAAGGAAUGGUAUUGGUGGAAGGGUGAUUCAAGAGCUUGUCACUGGAGUGACGAGAUGUAACUAUGGACAGGAUGGUGGUGUCAACGGAUUUACAGGUUAUGUUUCUAUGGCUGGUGCACAGCCAGGCGAUUUAUUCUCUGUGAAAGAUGGUAACUUUCAAGUGUGUGAACGACUUCUUAAGCAUUCGAAUGCUAAUGUUUAUCUGAAUCAUCGAGUUAAUUUUAUAAUAAAAGAGCUUGAAGAUGGAAACUUAAGAUAUUACUUGCAAAAUAAAGAUGGUGAAUCGGAAGCAUAUGAUGCUGUUGUCGUGGCGGCGCCGCUGGAAGUACCGCAGUGCUAUUUUGAAUGUAACAAAUGUAGUAAUUGGCCAGAUAAAGCGACAUUAGGUCGUCACCAAAAUACCGUUGCUACAUUUGUUCAAGCAUAUAUUAAUUAUAAACGCUUUGGAUUCGAGAAACCGGAGGACAUGCCCACUGAUGUUUUCACGACAGAGAGUGAAAAUGUUCCGUUCUCCACCAUUGGAAUGCAGCUCGAUGUAACAGGAAAACGAAUCGAACCGCCGUUAUACAAACUUUUUUCCCGUCAAUUACUUACCGAUGACGAAAUCAAAGAGUACUUUAUAAUAGACGAAAAAAACGGCACGAAACGUGUUGCUGUUAGCUGGUUGGCUUACCCGCACUACACUCCUCCUGAAGUGUUCACAUCUUUUGUCUUAGAUACUGGUGUGUUUUAUGUGAAUGCUAUUGAGAGAGCGGCCAGUGCGAUGGAGAUGAGCGUGAUUGGAGGUAAAAAUGCUGCAUUGCUGGUGAAUGAUUACUUAGCUGUUGAGAAUGCGCAGGAGAGUUCGUAGAAAUUGCAAUUUUUAAUUUGAAUUUGCGUUGUUAGUCCUCGAAUUUGAUUGACGUGUGUGGUGUAUAUAUUUUUUAUUAUGACUCUCCGUACAGAUCUACAGAUAACGUGUUUUAACAUUAAACACUGGCUUAAUUAUAAUUACACUUGUGAGUCGUGAAGACAGACGGAGUGUAAGUUAAGAUGAAAUAUAGUACUCUAGUAGUCUCCUUAAUCCAUUUCUUCUCAAAAUAUCGUAAAAUCGUCCAUUCAAAAAAAAAAAUUUCGAAAUACCUAAAAAUGACUGAUUCGCGAAAAUUUAUCUUAACGGAAUUCGCUAAACUUAAGGGUUACCUUUUGUUAAUUACAGACAAAGAUUGGCGUAACACAGAAAAAUUUAGUCAGGAAAGCUGUAUUAAAACUAUUCCCAUUUCUUAAUUGAGUCGUACUUCUAUGAUUGAUCCACAAAUCUUCCCUAUGAUAAAGAGAAGUUAAUCUUCUCUGAGAAAUCCAUUAACAACAUUUAGCGUAAUCAUACUGUUGAAAUGAGGUGACAAUUCAGCUGUAGGAUAUAAAGAAGAAGAAGUUCAAUACUUUUUUUAAUAUUUGUAUGAAAUAAAAUGUAUUUAAAGUAUAAAAAAAUAGUUUUGUAUGUAGUUAGAAAUUAUUUUAUAAUUCUUCUUAAAAUAA